AUGGGGGAUCAGAAAAUAUCUCAACCUUCCGCCGCCGCUGAGCUCACCGAUGUUCACGGCCAUGCCUUGACGAGCAAAGAUGAGCUCUUGGGUAAGAUAUCGGAGAUGGAGAAAUCUCUAGCCGCACUUUCCGACCAGCAAAUCCAACUGGUCCAUUUGACGAAAUCUAUAGCAGAGCAGCUUCGCCUACUACGCGCCAGUGUCACUGGCGCCUCGGUGAAUACCUGCACUCCCAACCCGAACGAUGGGGCCCUUCAUCCUUACCCAAGCUUGCCCAUGGAGAUCGAGGGUGAGCAUGCAUCAAUGAUGGUAAAUCAGGGGGAAGCCCGAUCUGUAUAUUUAGUCGUUUCUUUUUGGUCCAAGACUGCAAUCUAUGAAGUGAAAUUCAGACAUGGAAGAGGAGUCUCUCAUGAACCCACAACAAUUGGACUUGUUGCCAAGUUCAAUGAGGAUAAAUUCUGUCAUGCUGCACGGAUUUCCAAACACUCCAAAUUAUAUUGUCUUACACAACACAGUGGGUAUAUUGUUGACAUGAACUCUUUUUCAAGAUGCUCAUCCAUUCCUCCUAACCUAGCCAAUGAAUUUAUAGCAAAGGUUGUGUCCGCGUAUGGCAAGAUUUACUGUGUUGCAAGUCCAACCUACUAUCCAUCAGUUUUGGGGACUUCCUUCUGGAGGUAUGAUCCUGAUAAGAACAUUUGGGAGCCGCUUCCAUGUUGUGAGGAUUAUCACAUGGGUAUGAUUAUCACCGGUUAUGCUGUUUGUCAUGGUGUUAUUUUGUUUUCAUUGGUUAGAUGGGAAAAAAAUCAAUUUGAUGUCGUUGCUUUUGAUUUGAGUAGAAACCAAUGGAAUCGAGUGAAAGUUGAUACCACUAUUAAGUAUGCCCAUUUCAUAGGGAGGGCCGUGGUUGUAGGCACGACUAUCUAUGCCCCAUAUGGGAAUUGUGUUAUAGAAUUCUCCUUAAGGAUGCAAAAAGGUGAUGAUGGUGGUAUUGCAUAUUCCCUACGACAACUCUUUAUAUUAGAAGGCUUGGAGAUUGCGGAUCCGCCAUUGCCAUUUGAGAGGUGGAAAGAUGAUUAUUUGGUUCAUUUGGGAAAGCGGGACUUUUGCCAUGUCAGUACUGGCAAUAAUGAAGGUUUCAUGGUUCAACAUAUUUGUAUCACCACAUUUCAAAUUGUUGUUGGAGAAACAGGAAGAGAUAUGAUCAAGACCAUACAUUCAACUGUUCAUUCUGUGGAUAUGGAGGGCCCUCAAAUGUUUUGUCUUCUUUCCUGCUUUGCUCGUGAUUGCGAGGAUUAUGAACCCAUAGGAGACGAGAGUAAUUGGAUUUUGCAAAAAGAAGCCAAGUGGGAGAAUGGAGAAAUAGCUAACAGGCCGCAUGAAAUAGGCAGUUAUGGGCGAAUAGGCACCUUUUAUUAG